GCGAAAUUUGUCGUUAAGAGUCGAAGAGUCAGAGGUGAUUACCGUGAGAAUUUUAUUCCCUUAACUUCUCUUCAUCCUUCCUUGAACGUUGCAACUGAGCGUUGUCCUGCCACGAUGUCGGAGACCGCCUUGCCACCCCCCAAGCCAGACCUUUCCUUUGCUCGCCGUCCGGAAUCUCCCGCAGCCCUGUAUCUCUGGCGCUGGCGAAUGUGGUUCGAAUCGACUUUCGUGCUGUCCAUGCUGGAGCCUUGGGAGAAGGUUCUCCUUCUGUCAAUUCUGUUCAUUAGCUCCACGUUUUUCCUUACCGCAUUCAUUCGAUACAUGCCCCAGCACCUCGUGGACAUGCAACGCCGGGCGGUGUACUACCUAUACGGCCAAGAAGGGGACGAAAGGUUCUUUUGGCAGAUUCUUAGCAGGGGAACCAAUGGGGUGUUUGGUGGAGGGCGACACUUAAAGGAACUCUAGUAUCCGCGUAGACUUUUUUCAUACUUUAUACACUCCGAGAUACCGCGCAGAUUGUGGACCUGGCUGUACUUACUACCACGGACGUCGGAAGCCUCCUAUAUACCUGUUGCAUGUUCUACUCCUUAAACCGCAGCACCCUACCAACACCCCGUUGUCUCAAAUGGGGAAGGUUCCAUAACGACUGCUACCGAUUCUAUCAGGUGGA